CAGAGCUGAGCUCUCCAAAACAAUCCAAAUCCAUGUAUGCAAUGGAGGCAAUAUAUGCAAAUGAUGAAUGCGUUAAACCUGACAACCCAACACCUUCAACAAAUUACACAGGUCAGAGGAGCUCUAGGAGAAGUUUCUAUUUGGGUGUUAUUUUCUCCCUGAGCCUGCUCACUGUUUUAUUGCUGGUUGGACUUAUCACACUUAGUUUCUUCUACCACAAUUCAGCUGAACAUGUGUCGGCACAGGCUGAGGAGCGAGACCUUCUGAAUAAAAACAUCUCUGUGGUCAGUAACCAACUUUCUUCCAUGACUGAGGAGCGAGAUCUGCUGACUAAAAAGACUGAAGAGCUUAAAAAGCAGAUUAUACAAUGUCCUGCAGGAUGGAGUAGUUUCAGCUGUAGCUGCUAUCUCCUCUCUGAAAGCUCUGAUUCCUGGAAUGCAGCCAGAAUGGACUGCAGAGCCAGAGGAGGAGAUCUGGUGGUUAUUGACAGCUCUGAAGAACAGAGCUUGUUCCUGUGCUGCCAUGAUUAG